CAAGUGUCCGCAGCUCAAGUAAAGGCCUGCCAGUGGACGGAAACGCAGUGCUUGUGUCUUGUGUGGAAAGACAAAUACAACAACUUGCUGCGACGAUUCGUAUGAUUCUGCACUUAAAUUGUCUGUUCAUCUUUUAGGAGGAUAUUUGAAGGUGAAGUUCUUCUUGAAUGCCCAGGAUACAGUCAGUACGGUUUUCAUCAUGAACAGGAAUAAGCGCGAGAAAGAAUAUUACAGCAUAGAUGUAGGAGAUUCAACGUUCACCGUUUUGAAGCGCUAUCAGAAUUUAAGACCAAUCGGCUCUGGAGCACAAGGCAUCGUCUGCUCAGCGUAUGACCACGUCCUUGAUCGAAAUGUUGCAAUUAAGAAACUCAGCCGACCCUUUCAAAACCAAACUCAUGCCAAACGGGCCUACAGAGAACUGGUCCUGAUGAAAUGCGUCAACCACAAAAACAUAAUUGGCUUACUACAUGUGUUCACGCCACAGAAGACACUUGAAGAGUUUCAGGAUGUUUAUCUGGUGAUGGAGCUGAUGGAUGCAAACCUGUGUCAGGUCAUUCAGAUGGAGCUGGACCACGAGAGGCUGUCCUACCUGCUCUAUCAGAUGCUCUGCGGCAUCAAACACCUGCACGCUGCUGGCAUUAUACACAGGGAUCUGAAACCCAGUAAUAUAGUAGUGAAAUCCGACUGUACGCUGAAGAUCCUGGAUUUCGGUCUGGCCCGAACGGCUGCAACCGGCCUCCUCAUGACUCCUUAUGUUGUGACGCGCUAUUAUCGGGCCCCAGAGGUUAUCCUGGGCAUGGGUUAUCAAGCCAACGUGGAUAUUUGGGCUGUUGGCUGCAUUAUGGCAGAGAUGGUGCGGCACAAAAUCCUUUUUCCAGGGAGGGACUAUAUUGACCAGUGGAAUAAAGUGAUCGAGCAGCUCGGCACACCGUCACAGGAGUUCAUGAUGAAGCUGAAUCAGUCUGUGAGGACGUACGUGGAGAACCGGCCUCGCUAUGCGGGAUACAGCUUUGAGAAGCUCUUCCCGGACGUGCUCUUCCCUGCAGACUCUGACCACAACAAACUCAAGGCGAGUCAGGCACGAGACUUGUUAUCCAAAAUGCUGGUAAUAGAUGCAUCUAAGCGGAUCUCUGUGGACGAGGCGCUCCAGCACCCCUACAUCAACGUGUGGUACGACCCAUCAGAGGUGGAGGCACCGCCACCAGCGAUCACGGAUAAACAGCUCGAUGAGAGGGAACACUCAGUGGAAGAGUGGAAAGAGCUCAUAUAUAAGGAAGUGCUGGAAUGGGAGGAGCGAACAAAAAACGGGGUGAUCCGAGGACAGCCGGCCUCGCUAGGUGCAGCAGUGAGCAGUGACUCCCAUGAGCCCUCGACGUCGUCCUCCUCCGUAAACGAUGUGUCGUCCAUGUCCACCGAGGCCACGCUGACCUCAGACACGGACAGCAGUCAGGAGACGUCCAAUGGAGCGCUGCGCUGCUGCAGAUGACCAUCCUCCUUCAACUUCUAUCACCCUCCAAAAUCCUCCAUUGUCCUCCAUCGCCCUCCAUUACCCUCCAAAAUCCUUCAUUGUCCUCUGUCAUGAUUCUUCAUCCUCCAAAAUCCACCAUCGCCCUCCGAAAUCCACCAUCGCCCUCAAAAAUCCUGUCACCCACCAAAAUCCUCCAUCUUUCUCAGUUACUAUACAAAAUCCUCUGUCGCCCUCCAAAAUCCUCUGUCGCUUUCAAAUCCUCCAUCCUCCUUUGUUACCAUCCUUCAGCACCCUCCAAAAUCCUCUAUUCUCCUUUGUUACCCUCCAAAAUCCUCGAUCAUUCUCCAUCACCCUUCAAAAUCCUCCUCCGUUACCCUCCAUCCUCCUCCAUCACGCUCCAAAAUCCUCCAUCACCCUCCAAAAUCCUCCAUCGCCCUUCAAAAUCCACAGUCACCCUCCAUCACUCUCCAAAAAUCCUCCAUCACCCUCCAAAAUCCUCUAUUCUCCUUUGUUACCCUCCAAAAUCCUCGAUCAUUCUCCAUCACCCUUCAAAAUCCUCCUCCAUCGCCCUCCAAAAUCCUCCAUCGCCCUUCAAAAUCCACAGUCACCCUCCAUAACUCUCCAAAAAUCCUCCAUCACCCUCCAUCACCUUCCAAAAUCCUCCAUCGCCCUUCAAAAUCUACAGUCACCCUCCAUCGCCCUACAAAAUCCACCAUUGCCCUUCAAAAUCCACCAUUGCCCCCCAAAAUCCUCCAUCGCCCCCCAAAAUCCUCCAUCGCCCCCCAAAAUCCUCCAUCGCCCCCCAAAAUCCUCCAUCGCCCUUCAAAAUCCUCCAUCGGCCAUCAAAAUCCUCCAUCGCCCUCUAAAAUCCUCCAUCGCCCACUAAAAUCCUCCAUUAUCCUCCAAAAUCCUCCAUUAUCCUCCAAAAUCCUGUCACUUCCACAAUCCUCCAUCACCCCCAAAAUCCUCCAUAAUCCUCGAAAAUCCUCUCAUUGCCCUUCAGAAUCCUGCAUUCUCCUCCAUAACCCUCCAAAAUCUUCCAUCCUCCUCCACCACCCUCCAAAAUCCUCCAUCCAUCCUCCUCAAACUCACAAGCUCUUGUCAAUUCAAAAGUGUAAGAGUGGCGCUGAGAGUUUUUUUGAGGGCACCUUAAAGGCUUUUACACCAAACCAGCAUUACUUUCAUUGCUUUCCUGUUUCCUGUCUUUAAUUUUGCAUCAAAUUGAAGCUACUGCUAUGUCGUCUUGCCAUUCGGAUGUGGAAUGAUUCAAGUUUAUUUGUAAAGAAAAAUGGUGAAUAUAUUUUUUCGAGAUGUUUUAUUUUUUUGAGAGUCGUUUUAAUCACUAAUGAGAGUGGAGGUUCAUUAAAUGGCACGUCCAUUUUUUUUUUGGACAAGUGAGUAUUUCCACACUGUUACUACUGCUUUGGAGUAUAAAAGGCAUCUGUAUGUUCGGCUGCGUUUUUGUUUUGUUCUGAUUUAAUUUAUGGCCUGUGUAACUAAAUCACAAUUAGUUGAACGUUUUAUUUGGUGGUCUUACAGAAUCACACUUUAAAGUGCUUUUUUAGGGUCUGUAAGCUGAUUUUUCCUCUAAUUUCCGCACACAAGAUUUACUUCUCGUAGUAUUCUCCCUGUUAAAACGCAUUUGGGUGUUUAGAAGUCACAUUAUGUAAUCUAUCCUGUACAUAUUUCAUCUAGAACCACAGAAAACUCCCAGCUUUCAUUCCGCUUCAGCUGUACAGUCACAGCUCUUCAUGUCUGAACACUUCAAUAUAUAAUAUGAAGCCCAUGCCAGGUUUUUAGCCCAUGCAUACAAAAUGCUUUCGAUUUCCAGUUCUGAUUUUGAAUUUAUAACCAAUAUGCAUACAGCUAUGUGGUCUUAUCCAGUAUGCAUUAAGACACAGAACUGAUUUACUGGAUGCAGCACUCAUGCUAAAUGAAUGAAUGAAUGAAUGAUAAUGAAUCCAAAAGGAGCAUGAAAAAUUAACGCAAAGUUUCUCUUGAAUUUUUCUUUGUUUCUAGUAAAAUAUGUAAACAUUGCUUAAAUGUGAUGGGUUUUAUACAGUAUUGUUCAAAGUAAUAGCAGUACAACGUGACUAAGCAGAAUAAUCCAGGUUUUUAGUAUAUUUUUUUUAUAGCUACAUGGCAAACAUGUUACCAGUAGGGGCAGUAUAUUCUCAGAAAACAAACAAGACCCAGCAUUCAGGAUAUGCACGCUCUUAAGGCUGUGCAAUUGGGCAAUUGGUUGAAAGGGGUGUGUUCAAAAAAAUAGCAGUCUGGCAUUCAAUCAGUGAGGUCAUCAAUUUUGUGAAAAAAAAAAAAACUGGUGUGAAUCAGGUGGUCUCUGUUAAAGGAUGAAACCAGCGCUUGUUGAACAUUCAUUUGAAAGCCUGAUGCUGCGUUCACACUGUUAAACAUUCUAAGUUUACUCGCUUCAUUCGCUCGUCAAAUUCACUUCACAGUAAACAUGGAUUCGCGUCAUGGGCAGGGCUUUUGUCUGCCUGGGGACUCUAGUUUCGAUGCUAACAUGGAUUUUAUUGAGAGAGUUGCUGUGCUUUAGGAAGGCUGAAAAACAGCGUAGAUUUGUUUGGCGCCGUGUCUGAGUCCGCUAGAUCCUUUCGGAGGUGCACCAGCUCUGUGAGUUCAUCAACUCCUCCAGAGUAUACCUGAAUGAUUGAGGCUUUCAACGGUGCUUCCGACUAAGCCGAGCCCAGUUUGAUGAGCUGUUGUUCGGUGUCGGCAGGAGGAUUUCCCCUUGGAACAUCAACAACAGGCACUAGGUCAUAAUCAAACCCUUACAAGAGAAAGCUACUGAUUGGUUAACAUGGCGCAAAUGUCCGCUGGUGUUCAUAUUUUCCAACUCGAGCGAUUCAUUCAAUUCACCUUUAUUUGUAUAGCGCUUUUACAAUGUAGAUUGUGUCCAAGCAGCUUCACAUAAAAGCUCAUAGUAAAUAGGAACAGUGUAGUUCAGUUUUCAGAGUUUAAGUUCAGUUUAGCUCAGUUCAGCGUGGUUUAAUAAUCACUACUGAGAGUCCAAACACUGAAGAGCAAAUCCAACGAUGCGCAGCUCUACAGAUCCCGAACCAUGCAAGCGAGAGGCAACAGCGGAGAGGGAAAAAAAACUUCACUAAUUGGCGAAAGUGAAGAAAAAAAACCUUGAGAGAAACCAGGCUCAGUUGGGCACGAUAAUUUUAAUUUCUCCACUGGCCAAACAUCUUAUGCAGAGCUGCAGUCUCAGCGGCGGAGGCUGGAAGCUGGCCUCAGCGAAGACUCGUCUAUCUUUGGAGCAUCACAGGAAUCAGUCUCAUGUUCUCCACUCCUCCAUGACCACCAGAGUAGCUGCUCUGGAUACGGCCCGGUCCAGGAUAUGGAAACCUUGGGAUCAUCUCGUCGUUGGUCUUAGAUCGAAUCAGUGACUCUGCAUAGUCUGAGGGCCUCGGGAAGAGUAUCCCCAGGUGGAAAUGGAGAGGAUAAAAUUGGGGAGAUGUGAUCAAAUUUUCUAGACCUGGAUUUGCGCGAAUUGCAUUAUUCGUGCCUCCUCAUUUGAGCAUAUCGCUCUGCAGGAUGUCUAUUCACAUCUUUGCAUUGACUUAACAUGUAAAUCACUCGCGCUUGAUGCUUCAUCCACAUUUGGUAUGAACGCAGAAUAAGGCAAAUGGGUCAUUCAAGACAUUGUUCGGAAAACCAGCAUACUUUGAUUAAAAAGUUGAUUGGAGAGAGGGAAAAACCUAUGAAGAGGUGCAAAAAUAUAUAGGCUGUUCAGCUAAAUGAUCUCCAAUGCCUUAAAAUGGAGGGCAACACCAGAGAGAGAUGGAAGUAAAUGCAAAGGUUCAGCGAAUGAUCAGUUCCAGGAUGAUCAGAGACACUCUGGAGUUACCUGCAAGUACUGUGACCGUUAGAAGAUGUCUGUCUGAAGCUAAUCUAUUUUCAAGAAUUAAUAUUUUUUGAACACACCCCUUUCAACCAAUUGCCGAAUUGCACAGCCUUAAGAGCGUGCAUAUCAUUAAUGCUGGGGUCUUGUUUGUUUUCUGAGAAUCUCCUGCACCUACUGGUAACUUGUUUGCCAUGUAGCUAUAAAAACAGUUCUAAAAUCCUGAGUUAUUCUGGUUAGUCGUGUUGUACUGCUAUUAUUUUGAACAUUUUGAGGGAGAAAAGUCAACGUUUAAAUAUUUUACUGGCAAACGAGACAAAAAUACUAUCAAGACAAAUGUAAUUGGCUACAUUUUUCCAUUGUAAUAUUAAGAGAAAAACAUUUGCCUAUGUAAUGUUUGAAAUGUAAUAUGUGUACAUAACUGGUGUAUGUAGUGUAAAUUAUGCUCAUCCUACUGUACACUUGAUGUAAAGAGUACAACAUGACCCUAAUGAGUUAAAUCCAUCGCUAAAUUUUCAAAAACGCCACUCAUCAUUGGGUUAUCCAUGGUUUUUGAUUGGCUUUCAAAAGGGAGAAAGUGCCUGAGUCCAGCAUCGAUUUCUGAACGAUCAGAAAGGAGAAAUUUGGGUGAGGUUUUCCAAAGUAAUCCUGUUCAUGUUGGAGUGUCUAUUUUUCUAUCGAUCGAAGAUUGAAGGUCUUUGGGGUAUGUUGAGAAUGUGAUUGGACGUUUUCCUCAAGCAAGGUCUUUCAUCAAAGUAAAUUGGAACUUUAUUCGGUAUGCGUGUUUGGUUUGUGGCUUUAUUUUCUUUACGGAAAUAUGCAAGGAUUAAAUAUGUGGGAACUACGUUUCCCAUGAGGCAAUGCUAUCGAAUGUACAUGCGUAUGUGUAUGGUGUUCGAAGGACAUGGAAGGUUUGCGUAGCGAUUGGCAGGCGUUUUAUUUUAGUCUCAUCCUUCAGUCAUGUUUAUUUCCAUUUUAAGUGCUCUUAAAUAUUUUCUUUGCUCUCUUUAGGCACGUCAAGGAAUUUUAAUACUCAUUUUUUUUCCUCAGUUGCAUUUACUUCUACAUCAUCUCUCAAACAUGUUAUGAUUCAGAUCAAAGUAGGCUUUGAUGAACUACCUCACUCCAAAUUUCUACAGAUUUUCUUUUUUUUUUUCGCGACGUAGCUGACCGUAAGAUAGAUGUUAAUACAGAUUUCAUUAUUUAUUUAUUUCUAAAGUGAACUAUUGUCAAUAUUAGGCGACGUGUAGUUUUGUACAUUAUGUAUACUUCACCUAGAAGUAAAAGAACUGAAAUGUAAAUUUGAUCUCUUUGUUGAAUUUUUUUUUUCUUUGUACUCAUUUUUUUACAGUUCAUGUGCAAUACCCACUGCUGUCAUGCUAGUUGUAAUCGAUAGAUCUAGACUUAUUAGUUUUACGUACCCAGAGGUAGAGAUAUGUUUGGUACUGUCAGAGAAAUGUAAUGUUUUUGUCUUUUUAAACCUGAAUUUUGUUUUGUUUUGUCAAUGUUGACCUGUUUUACCAAAAAUGAAAAUCUGUGGCUGAUGUUAGCAAGGUGUUCAGUUUAGCUCCUGGACUUUUGAGUCCAGUUCAAAAGCAUCUGUAAAUUAUCCAGCGUGUUAAGAUUUGGUGCUGGUAUGUAAUAUUUGCUAGCAGUGCCAGCCCAACAGUUAGUUAUUCAAUUGCUAGUUCUGUGCGCACUAAACCGCAUACGGACAAUGAGACGUGCACUACUACAAAGAAUGCACUGGGAUCUUAUGAUGCCAAUUGUACAUGUACUGCAAAUAAACACCAGUUUGAAUCAGAA